AUGUACAAUAAUUUAGUGUUAAAACAUAUUAACAAGCCCCACUUAACGUUCGAUGACCGAACAUCAUCAACAAGUUCUGAUUCAUCAUGUCCUGGUACACCUCAUUCAAAAAUAUUUCCCAUACCACAGAUGGAUUUAUGUCUAAUGAACGAAGCAUACUCAAAUGAAGUAUUUGCCCUUAUUUCUGGUUCAUUCUUUCGUGAUGAACCAUUAAAUAAAUGUUUAUGUUUUGAAUUACCAGAUGAACCAAUUGAAUUUACAAAUCUGGCAAUUAAAAUAGCUCUCCAGGAUAAAUGUUCGUAUGUUGCUAUUGAUACAGCCACACAAAAGGUUAUUGCUGUCAUUCUGAGCGUCAUUGAAUCCAAAAAUGAUGAAACAAAUCUAUGGGAUGGAUCACAAUUUAAAUCAGAAAAAGUACGUUACGUACUGAAAGUGUUAAAAUGUGUCCAUGAUAAUGUUGAUCUUUUUCAAACGUUUGAUACUGAUCUUUUAUUACACAUAAUCGUUGUCACAAUUGAUGAAAGUUAUCGUGGAUUAAGAAUAACGGAAAAAUUAAUUCAUUCAAGUUUAGAACGAGCAAAACAAGUAGGAAUCAAGGCUGUAUUUUCUGAAGCAACAAGUUUAUAUUCAUCAAAAGCAUUUCGUAAAUUAGGAUUUCAAAUUUAUAAUGAAGUUAUUUAUUCAAAAUAUGACAAAAUACGUUUAUCAAAUUUAGAUGAACAUGAUCGAUGUGUUUUAGUUGCAACAAAUACAGUUUGA